AUGGCUUCGCCUGCGAUACCAUUCGCCCCCCUCACGUCCCAUCGCGCCGUUCCCUUUGUCUUGGGGUGUCCUCCCCCAUGGCCACCGCCCCCGCCGCCUGCCGCUCCCGCACGGCCGCCGCGCCCCGACGCUGCUGCUGCAGCAGCUGCUAGACUGCUAGAGGAGGAGGCCGGGGCAGGCAACUCGCGAGCUCGACCGCCUGCUGCCGGGCCCGAGCUGGAGUCGAUGGUGCUGGAUCUCAAUGCCGAGUCGCCGACGGCCGGGUCGGCCUCGGCCACCUCGAGCUCCAGCCUCGUCGUGGGCGGGGGCUUCUUCCGGUUCGACCUGCUCGGAGGGACACCCGACGAGGAGGGUUGCUCGCCCUCGCCGCCCAUCGUGACGCGCCAGCUCUUCCCCUUGCCGUCGUACCCGGACGCUGCUGCAGCUCCCGCCGCCGUCUCGACGGCGUCGAACGGGUCGCCGCCGUCGGAGGCGGCCGGGGCAUGGGCGCGCCACGCAGCGGAUCUCGGGCCGCCGGCGCCGGCGCUGGCACAGGGGGCGGUGGUGCCUGCUGCGCCUUCGUCGCCCGCGGCUGUGUCUCCUGCCGCCGGGAAGAAGAGCCGGCGGGGGCCCAGGUCACGGAGCUCGCAGUACAGGGGCGUCACCUUCUACAGGAGGACCGGCCGCUGGGAGUCACACAUCUGGGACUGUGGGAAGCAGGUCUACCUGGGUGGAUUUGAUACUGCACAAGCCGCAGCAAGGGCCUAUGAUCGCUCCGCGAUCAAGUUCAGAGGCCUUGACGCCGACAUCAACUUCCAGUUGAAGGACUAUGAGGAUGAUUUGAAGCAGAUGAGGAAUUGGACCAAGGAGGAAUUUGUUCACAUACUCCGACGUCAAAGCACUGGGUUUGCCAGGGGGAGCUCAAAGUACCGCGGUGUGACACUACACAAGUGUGGUCGGUGGGAAGCUCGGGUGGGUCAGCUUCUGGGAAAGAAGUACAUCUACCUUGGGCUGUUUGACAGUGAAAUCGAAGCAGCAAGAGCGUAUGACAGGGCAGCCAUUCGCUUCAACGGAUCGGAUGCUGUUACUAAUUUUGAUUCUAGUUCCUAUGAUGGAGAUGUCCCACUUCCACCUGCAAUCGAGAAAGAUGCAGUGGUUGAUGGGGACAUCCUUGAUCUGAAUUUGAGGAUUUCACAACCUAAUGUGCAUGAUCUCAAAGGUGAUGGUACCCUGACUGGUUUUGGAUUAAGUUGUAAUUCUCCUGAAGCUUCAAGCUCCAUUGCUUCUCAGCCAAUAAGCCCUCAGUGGCCUGUGCAUCCUCACAGCACACCGAUGCAACCCCAGCAUCCACAUUUGUAUGCGUCUCCUUGUCCAGGCUUCUUUGUGAACCUCAGGGAGGCGCCUAUGCCUAUGGAGGAGAAACGGGCAGAGCCGGCGGGUCCCCAUCCCCAGCCGGCGUUCCCCGCUUGGGCAUGGCAAAUGCAGGGCUCCCCUGCCCCAUUUCUCCAUGCCACUGCAGCAUCAUCAGGAUUCUCUACCGCCACCGGCGUGGACGCGGCCACAGGGCCCCGCAGCGUGCAGCUGCCGCCGUCCGGUGGCCCCCGGCUGCUGUUCUCCGGCUACCAGCAGCCCCGCUUCCCCCCAACCGCCUGA